UGCGUUUACUGUCAGAACUUACAAAAUUAACAUUUCGUGAAACUCGUUAACAAACAUGAGGCAUAAUAAAAAUAUUUCUAAUAAAAAGCAAUCAGAAAAUGUAAACAAUGAAAAGAAACCAUUUAACAAGAAGAGAUAUAGGUUGCAGAAGUACAGUAAUAAAUAUAAAAUUAAUCAAUGGGAGGAACGCAGAAAGAAAGCUGUCUUACGAGAGUUUUACAAGAAGAUUGAUAAAGAUCAGCUACAGAAUCUAAAGAAAUCUACUUUCAAAACUGAUGAACACAAGAAACAAGAAAAGAGGGUCAAUAUAUUUCAAAAAGCAAAAGAAGAAUUCCUUCGCAAAGAAGAUGAAAAAAGGAAACAAAAGAAAGAAGCUUUACGAGUGAAAAUGGAAAAGGAAAAGGCACUUAAGAAAUAUAAAGAGAAAAGAAUACAAACAUACAAAAAACUCUCAAAGAAAACAAAAAAAGGACAGCCUGUAAUGAAAGAUAGAUUAGAAAUGUUACUUGAAAAGAUACAGCAGCAAGUAUCACAGUGAUAUCGUGGAAAAAUGUCAUACAAUUUUAAAAACAUGAAAGAA